AUGCAGAAAGAUCCAUUCUGGGACUUCGAAGAGCUUGGAGAGGGCAUCCACCUGCACCGUCCACCUUCGUCUGCACCUACGAACUUAUCACUACUCUCGACAGCAAGCUCCUAUACCCAACCUGGCCUCGUCAUCUGCUGUGUGUGGCUGUUCGCAGCAGCACGCCACGCGGCCAAAUAUAUCCGGCAAUAUCAGCUCAUCUACCCAAAUGCACGAAUCCUCUUGCUGCAGAAUAAUCUGAUGAACGUCACCCUCACGCCGGACUGGAUUCAGAUGCAAGCCUUGUCUCCGGCAGUCGAGGCAGUCAAGGACUUCUUGGUGACUGAACGAGACCCGACCAUCCUCGUGCACGUAUUUUCGGGCGGCGGCGCUCACAGCGCGGUCCAAUUAGCACAAGCAUACCACGAGGACAUUGGCUAUGCAGCCAAUCCGUCUAGCGCUCUGCCUCCUGAGAUACCGAUAUCCGCACUGGUCCUCAACUCCUGCCCUCCACAUGGGAACCCACCCUUGCACACGGCCGCCGCCUCUAUCCUGUCUUUCAUACCAAAGACUAGUGUUUUCACACGAGUCAUUGCUUGCCCCUUCGCGUGGGGUCUGAUAGGCGGCUGCGCUUUGUUUAACGAGCUUGGACUGGUUGAGUCCUCGCCGAGUAAGAUUUGGCGGUGUCUGAAUGAUCCUGAGGGACCGUUCCUGAAAAGGUCGGACAUUGGUCAUGAUCACAAUAUCAAGAUCGUAGCCACUCCUGGUGCUGGUGGGGCCGGGAGAGAGAAGAUCAUACCACGGACGUACAUCUUCAGCAAAGAGGAUCAGCUAGUCCCACAUGAGCAUGUCGUUCUCCAUGCCGCUGAGGCGCGACGACACUGUGGACUGCUGGAGCCAAAGUGCUGA